CGGGGGCAGCGAGGGGCCAGCGGGGGAGCGGAGCGGCCGCCACCGCCCCCCGGGGCGGUGCCGGGCGAAGCGGAGCCGGGCGGCCGCGGGAGCGGCGCGGAGCGGGCGGAGCGGAGCGCGGCGGCUGCCGCUGCCUGGAUGCCAGAAGCGCCUCUGGAGCCAGUGGCCGGCGGCACCCGGGAGGGCCCGGGGGAGGAGGAGAAGGAGGAGGCGGCGGCGGUGGAGGAGGAGGAGGACUCCGGGCGCGGAGGGGAGGAAGCAGGCAGCGCUGGCCAUGGCCUCCAACUUUAACGAUAUAGUCAAACAGGGCUACGUGAAAAUCCGCAGCAGGAAGCUGGGGAUUUUCAGGCGUUGUUGGUUGGUUUUCAAGAAGGCUUCCAGUAAAGGGCCCAGGAGGUUAGAAAAAUUUCCAGAUGAGAAGGCAGCAUAUUUCAGGAACUUUCACAAGGUAACUGAGCUGCACAAUAUCAAAAACAUAACCAGAUUGCCUCGGGAGACAAAGAAGCAUGCAGUGGCAAUUAUCUUUCAUGAUGAGACAUCAAAGACAUUUGCGUGUGAGUCAGAACUAGAGGCAGAGGAGUGGUGCAAACAUCUUUGCAUGGAGUGUCUAGGAGCCAGGCUCAAUGAUAUAAGUCUUGGGGAACCAGAUUUGCUUGCUGCUGGAGUUCAGAGAGAACAAAAUGAACGAUUCAAUGUAUAUCUUAUGCCUACACCAAAUUUAGAUAUCUAUGGGGAAUGUACAAUGCAGAUCACACAUGAAAACAUAUAUCUCUGGGACAUCCACAAUGCCAAGGUCAAGCUGGUCAUGUGGCCUCUGAGCUCUUUGAGGAGAUACGGACGUGACUCAACGUGGUUUACAUUUGAGUCUGGAAGGAUGUGUGACACAGGAGAAGGGCUGUUCACGUUUCAAACACGGGAAGGAGAAAUGAUAUAUCAGAAAGUCCAUUCUGCAACACUGGCAAUAGCAGAACAACAUGAAAGAUUAAUGAUGGAAAUGGAGCAGAAGGCAAGGCUCCAGACCAGUCUGUCUGAACCAAUGACUUUAUCCAAGUCGAUCUCACUUCCUCGUAGUGCGUAUUGGCACCACAUCACCCGGCAGAACAGCGUUGGAGAAAUCUACAGUUUACAAGGGCACAGCCUCAGCUCAGCAAAGGUGUCCCGGGCACAGACAUUUCCCAGCUACCCCUCGGAGCAGGACGAGGAGCACCAGCAGUCCCUCUCGUUGGCCAGCAGCUAUGCCUUCAGCUACGGCUCGGGGCUGGUGCAAUGACAGCCGGGGGCGUCCGGCUGAGACAGACAGUUAAGCCUGGAGCCUGCCUCCAGGGCCAGGGAGCCACUGGCCCCCUCCACACCCACCAUUUGCCGUGAAAACUGAUGCCUACCAGCUCCAGCCGGGUCACCGCCAAUGCAGAAACCUGGAGAGGCGGCUUCCCUGAAGCAGAGGCUAAGUCUUUAUUUAUUUAUUUUGCCAUUCCUUUUGUCAAUAUGUUCAGAAAGGAGGGGUUUGGGGGGCUGGGGGGAGGGAGGAAGGGGGACAUGUUCGUGUUGUGAAAAAGUGGUGGAAACAAAUGAAACUGUGUUGGUUGAUGUGAAGGUUUCUGCAUGACCGGAGAAGGUUCCUUCUGGGGCUCCAUCACGAUGGCGCAUUUGACAUUGGGGCCUUCCUUCCCACCUCCACCAGCAUGCCAGCCUGUCUUCACCCGUAACCUUUUUAGGUCCUUGCUGCAGCCUACUGAUUCCCACUGGAGUCACUGAAAUGUCACCAACUCCAGAUGCAGCAUCAGUGCUCUGGGGGUCACCUUCAGAAGCAAGCAAGUUCACUCACUACUGUAGAGGGUGGUUGGGUGUUUUUUGAGCCAGACACCAACACAUACUAGAAUAUCAGGCUGAUAUGUUUUGUUGGGAAUAGGGUUUGAUGUGUUAAGGUAAGGUUAUUGCCUGGUCCAGCUCUAAUCUUAAAUUCCCGGGGCACAAAUUCAUCGUGUACUAAUACCAGUGCAAUUCUCGUGAUGCCUCUGAGAGCUGUGAAUAUCCAUGUCAGCAGCACAGUCUUGUUCUCAAAGCUGCUGCGAUGUCUUCUUAUUUGCAAAUUAUUUAGGUAACCAUGCCUGCAAGCCUGACUUUAAAAAGCGGGAAAACUGUUUUUUAGACAAAUAAAAGUGGGCCACAUCCCCAGCUGGCGACCGCCUGUGCCACAGCUUGGCCAGAUAUGGUAGAGCUGAGCUCUGGUCUUGUCUUUCUGGUCAGCGUUACUUUGAUUUUCUCCGUUUCCUUCUCAAAUUUCUGUUUUAAAUGCACAUUGUAUCUUGUAUGAUCAUGUGUCAAGAAUCUGUUUACUUUCAAAAGGAGGAUGAGUACGUCUCAAUGGAAGUUUUCUGUCUUUGGAAGACGUCUUUGAAAAAUGAACUGUAGUAGGUGUUUGUAAUCAGUAACGAGGGAAUAAGUUGGAAGGCAUACCUCUAAGUGGGGAAGGAGUUUUAUCUAUCCUGGACAUUUAGAUUUUUGUAAGUGUUAUCAAACAUUUAUGUACUCCUCACGAUGCCCUGAAAUGUUUGAAAUUGUGAGGAGAAAAAUCUGCCCUCUUGUAUGAUCUGAGCAGCUUUGUGUUCUGUUCCCAGUGUGAAACAAUUGCCAUGAUUACCAGAGGGAUUCAUCUCAUUGGUUGUUUCUCAGGACAAGUUGAGGAAACGUAUCAAGGAGGAGACAUGUAGACUCUUUUCCAAUGAAACAAUAGAGUUUAUGUACCAUAAUUUAACUGAAAAAUGCUGUUGGGUUGUUUUAUAUAUGCACAUAUAGAUAUAUGUAUUAAAAGGUAUAGAAGAAACUUCUGCUUUUGAUUAAACAUUUACUGAUACAGUAUGUUCAGCUUUUCUCCAACCAUUUUCCAGGCAAAGAGACCUUGCAGACUUACAGCUUUCUACACCUCAGUGAACAGCUGCUGAAUAAAAAAAGCAUUGUGAUCCGCCUGAGUGGAGCACUUCUACCCCACCACAAUCACCAUUAUUUAUUUUUUCCCCUUUUUCCUUGUCUUGUUUGCUACCUCUUUUCCUUCUCGCAGUGCUGCCAUACUCAGGAAUAGAACAGCUCCCUGCAGAGAGUAUUUUGAUAAGCUAAAAUGAAAAACUGCUCUCCCACGCUGUCAGGGAGCUGUACCUGUGGUGCUCUCUGAGCUGUACCCAUCAAGGAAGCUUCAUUCACACUUUCAUUUAAGAAAAAAAUUUGAUUGACAUUUUGUUUAGGGAAAAUUUCCAGUUUGCAAAUGUUAAAUGAAAAAUGUGAUAUGAAAGGAUAGAUAUCCUGCUGGUGUAAUUCUGUUAUUCCAUGCAGCUUUGCCGAGUAUAUGCCUUUUGAGGAACUGGUCAGUUAUUUUUAUUCUUUUGCAACUGGGAUUCUUCCACUUGCCCUAAAAUUAUACAUAUUUUCUUUAAAACUCCUUGUAUUAGGUUUUCAAUAUGUUCUACAGAUUUCAAUGCUGUGUCCAUUUUCAUCUGCGACUUGAAUACUGGGCAUUUAAUAAUUACAUAUUCUACAUAGUCCCAAAGUGGGGAAAAGCCUAAACAGAAUACCAGAACUGCUUUAUAGUUCCACUGCCCAUGAACUUUAAGAACUUACCUAAAUCCUAAACCUAGUACUUUAACUGUGUUUAGAUAAAAAACAUAAGAUCUAUAUAAUGUGCUCUUUCCAUUUCCUGGGGAACGAUUGCUGUCUGUGGCUGUCUUCCUAUGCAGUACAUGAAUAUUGUGUAGUUAUUGAAAAUGUAGAUGCUAUUUUCAAAGAAAACACGAAAAAAAUGGAAGGAGGUGGGAUUGGCUGUGUAUAGCAGCUUUACUGAAUAUUUUGCUUUAGUUGCAAACCAUCCUCUCAACUCAUACAUUCAGAAAAUAACUGUGAGGUCUCAUUUUGUAGCAAUACACAGAAUAUUUAACUCCAGGACAAAGCUGGAGAACACAACCAAUCAAAAGCAUAUCUGACUUGUUGGGAACCUAUUUCUUGUGGAGACUAAACACAAGCACACUGGAAGUUUAAAAUAACGAUGCAACUUCACAGUGUCCUGCAACACAGUCUAAGAAAACCUGGCACCUGAAGCACAAAGGUAUUCAGCAGCCAUUGGAUGCUGCCAUUAGUGCCAUUCCAGAACAGAAGAUGAUAUUGCUGUAACAUUAGUGUAUUCACAUAGCUUCCACAAAUGUUCCUCAGAAAAGCUCCAUGAGAACCAGGCAGACACUGCACCAACAGUUUGCCAGAAAAUUCUGUUUUCAUGGAAUUGCUUUUAUUCCUGGCGUAUGCCUGUUGAUAAUCUAAGUGAUGCCCCACUGAGACUACUUGGUACAGCUCCUAGUGUUUCCACCAGAAGGAAAACUGUCUUUUGGAACACAUGGUAGAGCUGCCUGCCUAGAGACUACAAUGGCCUUUAAAUAGACCCAGGGACCCCAUGGGACCCUGUUCAAGUCUCGGCUUUCUUCAUGUGCAAGGCACACAGAUAAUACAUCUGCUCCUGACCCAAGAGUUGCUCUCUGUUUUCAGCUAAUGAGCUGUGAAGAGAUGGAGGGCAACAAAAUGUCUUCAGUGGUAACCAGGUGCAGCUGGUACAAAUGGAACUUAACAUUAGUACAUUAUAAAAUAGAAGAAAUAAAAUAAGGCUCUUUCUCUCACUUCAGUUCUGAGGAUGUGUUAUGAAUAUAUAACUAUAACCAUGACUUACAUUUUUUAAAAAUCACCCUUGAUAACAAUAUACUCGCCUCUAUGAACAAAUAGCACACAGCGUUACUAAAUAUAGUUACUAAUAUAUCUUAACUGUGAAUAUUAUAGAUUGAUGCAUGUUGGCACUUUUGAUUUUCAAGUCACUUGGUGCAGAAAAGGUGAAAUUGAAAGAGACUGGUAAUAAAUCAUCAAAUGGUGCUAAGGAACUUGAAUAGUCUCAUUUUUUAAACAGCUACAUGUUGUUAUUGAUAGUUUAAAUCGUCUGUGGUUAUAUUAAUUUAAAACAAUUUUAUCUGCCUAUGUAAAGGAAAAGAAAGAAGAAUUUCUUGUUGCAUGGAGUUUGCUGUUUUACUGAGUAAAUAUUUAGGCAUUACUCUCUGUGACAGGCUGUGAUUCCAGAUCCUCACAUAUAUCAAGUCUAUGCAAAGUUCUGUUGCUGGGGUUUUUUGCUGGGUUUGUUUUCUUCUUUUUUUUCCACAAAAGCUACAAGUAAAGCUUGAAAAUAUAUUGACAAACCAAAGAAGUUUGUUAUACAUUGACAAUAGCUGCUCUUUUUUGUUUAGAAAAAAGUCUACCAUGACAUUUUGGGAAAAUCCUUCAUUUCAAAACACAUGCAUAGAAAUCCUGUUGCAAAGCAGAAAACUCUAAUCAAGUUUUGUUCUAGGAUAAUAGGACUUUGCUAGAAGGAGGGAUUGAAAUUGAGUAUUGGAGGACAAAAGUGUUUUAAAGUGCUCUCUAUAGCAAUAAUUUAAGUACAAAAUACAGCCUUCAGGCACCCAUUUAUUUAGAAGUUGCUACGUGCAGGCAGUCUGUGAAGACCUUUACCUGCUUAUGGCAAAGAGGAAAAAAAGAUGGGUCAUUAAUCAUAUUUCUCUAUUGAAUUUAUCAGAAAAUGAAUUAACUUCAUGCAUGUUCAGCUCUCCAGUCAGAUGGGCAAUGCUAUGAGAAGUAGUGGGGUUUUUUGAGAUAUUUAGUCUCUAGGAAUUGACAAAGACCAUCAGCCUGUAGCAUAUAAACCUCUAACUCAGACUUAGCUCACCAGCCACAUGUACCAGUUUUCAUCUGGUAACCUAGAAACUGCAGGGUGAGAAAAUAUAAGAUUCUUGAAUGGCUGUGCUUUUAUCAUGAAAUAAUUAUUUUUUUAUCAUGAAAGAAUUAUUUUCUUCCUAAAAAGGAAGGAGUAAUGAAUUCCAAUUAAUCUCUACUUUAGUGUUUAAUAAGAGUGUGUUUGUGUUCCUUUUUAUACCUGCUGCAAAGGAGUAAGUGUGGUUUUUAUCCACACACAGAAUACAUUGGACAGUGGAGAAAGUGUGAAAAACUGCUGUUUGAUUACAAGAACACAUCCAACAGCACUGGAAAGUUUCAUUUUUCCAUACAUCAUCCAAAUAAUUGUGACUCUUUCCAAACACACUUAUCACACAACAUGAUCUAUUAGAAUGUUACAUUUUUCAUCACAGACUACUGGUCAGUAUGCCUGCUUAUAUUUUGUAAGUAGAGGGUAAUGACUGUGCAACACCAUUGCAAUGGCAUAACUUUAAAAUCAAAGAUUGGAUGUAGGGUUGGAUAUAUGAAUUCUGCAGUUCUUGCACUCCAUGAAGGGUGCUGUGUUUGUUCUUGAUAGUGUCAAUAAAUGCUCUUCCCUUUUUGUUUUAGAUAAAAAGGUACAGUAUAUUGGAAACAAGUAUAGGCAUGUGGUGGAAUGAAAGAAAUGUCAAAGAAUAUUGACUCACUUUUUGUAACAAGAAGUUUGUCUCUCUGUCCAGGUCCUUACAAGACAAUAAAUGGUUAUGGGUGAAGGUGCUGUAUAUUCAGCAAUUGUUUAAAUGGCAUUAUGCUUAGAAACCUAAGUAGUAGAAUCUGCUGGUGAAUUGGUGCUGUUAAAGAAAAUAUAAAUUUCACCUUCCAGAGAUGCUUUUCACAUCUUUACGUGCAUAUGCAGCUCGGCAGAUUUUUACAGACACGAUUAAAACAGAUAUGAAAGGAACUGAGGUUUAAGUAUGAUUAAAUAUAAUUAAAGCAUUUUAAAAUGUCCAUAUUGUUAUGGAUAUUGCAAGUUGUAAUGGAGACAGUAUUUCCUUUUCAACUAAAUGCAAGCUCAAAAAAUAAUGUGCUCCCUAAUAUGAAGUUAAUCUUUUUAAAUAUCACAUUCAAAAUCCUAAAGAAUUAAUUUCAUUGGGGUUUUUUGUUUCUUUGUUACAGAAAUGCUCAUGAGGUUAAAUAGAUUUACUAUGUUCUCUUACAGUCCUGGGGCUGUCAAGUGUAUUAAUACAUUCUACAGUAGAUUUUUUCCUGUGAGAAUAUUUGGCAUGAAUGAAGUUAAUUUUUAAUUAGGCUACACAUUGUUUUCAGUCUUUUUUUGAAAUUUUAUGAAAGCAAGACAACAGUGGGCAUAGAAAAUAGCACAAAAUUAAUCAGCUCUUUUGGCAAUUCCAUACCAGUAGCAAAAAUAAAGAUUUCAGUUAAAUAUUUAUUCUCAUCACUGCUCCUAUAGUUGCAACAGAAUAAAUGAUGUAAAGUAAAAUUAUCCUUGUUUGUGUUGGUUGUUGCAUUUCCUGAGUUUCAAUAGAUGACAGGAGAUAUCCAAAACUGCUUUGUAUCAAUUGUAUGAUUUAAGAUGGUUGUAAGAAAAAACAGACAAUACAGGAAAAAAAAGUGUUAUGACUUCUACUAAAGAAUGAAACACACUAAGCUUUUAUUUCUUUUUACUUCUUUGAAAAGCAUCAUUAUGGUAGAGAAUUUUUUAAAAGGAAAUGAAAAACAGGGUAAGAAAUCAACAAAAAUACAAACAGAUUCUAUAAUCUUUAAAAAGAUUAGGAGAAAUUAACAGACAUUUAAGCACACAGCAAUGGGCCAUGUUGAAUGCAAAACAGUUUCCUGGAGCAUUUAACUUCUUCUGAAUUUAUCAGGAGCAGGAAACAAUGUUUUGUGUUCAGUCUAACUCAUAGCACAGAUUUGCUCUACAACAAUGGAGUCAGGAGUGCUGGUCUCAUUUUCCCUCACCUGGCUGGAAUAACAAAGUGCCAGUCUGCCUAACAUGCAUUAUGCAAUAUAGAUGCUUGAAAAAUAGUACUUUGCACAAUGCACUGUCAUUGUUAUCACACAGCUUUGUGAAAGUUACUGCAGCCAGCUAUUAUGAAUAAUAUGAUUUCACGGCUGAUCAAAUUCUGGAUAAUAAAAGCAACAUCUGCAUUUAUGUUGCAUAAAAAUACAUACAUAGGUGCUCAACCUUUAUUUAGCUAAUUACAGAACAAUUUGACAGAGUUCUGUGGGAAAGUUCCUCCCAUUCUACCAUUGUUGGGUAAAUUAGAGAAAUUUAAAAGAAAAUAAUAAAUAUCUGCUUCAGAGUAUUAUUUCAGAGAGAAAAAGGAAUUAAUUUUAGUACAUGUCAAUAUUUCUAACAAAUUUCUCUCUUCAAAUACACAUACAGACAUCAGCACAAAUAGAGAAAGGUAUUGGGAAAAAAAAGAAAAAGGAAAGAUACUGUGUAUUUGUUUGCCUAUACCUUAGUGUGAUAAGCUAUUGAUCACUUAAAUCAUUUUAUAAAACUUAGUGGUUAAUACUACAAAAGAAUUAUUUAAUGUAACAACCUAGUUGUAUAAACUUUUAAGAGAAGUUUUAAAUAUCCUUUAGAACCACUGAGAUUUUUUUUUUCUGAAAAUAAAAAGUUCUCUUUUUAAGCAAGCAUAAGGUUGGAAGAAAUACAUCAGCCAUUGCUAGUAAUUCAUAUUAGUUAUUUUAUCUAAUUAUACCAGCUAACAAUGUGGAUAGUGUGGAAGUAAUAAACGUAUUAUUCUUUAGAAACUUGUCUUAGAUAGCUUUAUGCAUUUCCUUUGGUAUUUCUAACUCAAACAUUAUGUCCUAAGUUGUAUGUAGAGAUAUAUAACUGCAAGACUAUAGCACAGAUAGUAAGGUAAAUCUACAGCUUUACAAAUCAAGCCUAAUCAGGGCCAAGAAACUAGUCAGAGCAGUGGCACAGUACUGUGGCAUGGUGGCAGCCUGCCCCAGUAGUCUCUGAGCUCCCACAGGUGAGGCUAUCUCAAUGUUCCUGAGAAGAGUUGGCAGACUCAUCAUGUCUUUAUCCCAUGGCUAUCCAGGUGCUCAUCUUCUUCUCAUAACUCUUAAUGCAUUUUACAAUUAGAAAAGAACAAAAAAAAAAAGUUAUGGGCAAAAGCAGACACAAGGACACUCCUGCUGGAGGAAUGUCCUACCAAGCCCUGCAGGCUCUUCUCCAUCCUUAAAAUAUGAGUUGUUUCUGUGCCGCUUCAGGGAGCAAGGGAGAGGGGGGUUAUGUCUGAUGCAGGUUGGGGGAGAACUGGGCCAGGGUCUCCCAUUUCCUAGCUGAUUUGGCAGAUAGGGUGCUGGAUGAACCAGCAUUUCAUGUGAUAGUGAAAAGCCUGAUCCAUUUUAGUGUUUUGAAGACUACUGUGGGUCUCUAGCUUUGGGGUGGAACCUUUUGCACUAGAUAUCAAAGGGACUGUGACCACCCUGAGCCCACAUACCCUGACACAACACCCCAGCAAAGCAGGUUAUGAAGGCAGCCCAGAACAGUUCCCCAGGAAUAUGUGAGUGUUGGAAAGGUCUUUUAAGUUGCCUUACUUACACCUCAAAUAAUACAGUCUGAGAACUUGAUGUAUAGCUUCUACUCCUGGGGACUGCAGCCUAAAAGAACAUUUUAGCACCUAUCUUGUAGACAGACAGAGCUGGUUUUGGAAGUAGCCCUUAGUAUCAGGCUUACAAAGCUAUUUAGGGGGUUAACUCUUAUUGAGUAUCUCAGCUUUAAAGGAAAUAAGUCUAGGAGUACUAGAGAGGGAGUACUCACUGAGGCAGAGCUUCAACUACUGUAAAUAAAUACUAUUGAUUUGAACUUUCACAUAGCUUAAUAACAGAGUAGAUUUAAAGGAGCAUGAUGCACAUAAGAUUUAAAAAAAUCAGAGUCCUGGUGCCCUGGCAUCUUUAUGAUUGCAAAAAAUCCUCAUCAUCUCUUAAAAAAGAAAAAAAAAAGAAAAAAAAAAAAGAAAAAAACCCUAGACAUUAAUUUGGUAGUGAAAUCAAUCCUCUGAACAAUCCCCUAAAUCUGACAUCUUUUCUUUUUCUGAAGUAAGGUUUCUUAUUUGGAUCUCUCAUGAGCAAACAGAUGCUGGUAGCACCUAUACUUUAACUGUUCUGCCUGCUUUGUUGCCUUAGUCCUCUCCUCCUGUCCCCUAGUCCUGGGGAGGAGGCAGGUGGUAAAGCUGCACAGCACAGUUAGAACAAGCUAUUUCUGAGUGUUCUUGAAAAAAAUUAGGGGCCUAACAGAAAAGGUGGCUGGGAAUUUAGGGCAGGUGCAGGUCAGAAAGAGGACUACCCUGCCAAAUGUAGGAGUUUGGAGUCCAGCUUCUUGUGUUCCUUGGUGGGUCCAGCCCUUAAAGCAGUCUGUUUCCUCACAGACUUAUUGUUUUAUCCCAAGGUGCACAGCCAUGGGAGAGCAGAAGACAAGCAGAAAGAGCAGUAUCAUGAAUAUAUUAGUGUCAGAGAAGCUCUUUAAGGUAAAGGAAUGUAUCUGAAAUGAAAAAAAGAAGAUAACAGGUUCUAAUUUUCACCUCCUUUCAUAAACUGUGAGUUUCUUAUUCAUCCUGUUUAUCCAAACUGGUGAUUGUCUUUCCUACAUUCAGAAGUCUUUCUCAAAGAGAUGUGAGUUUACACCCUUUAAAGGCGGUAGUCGUACUGAAUUGUCCUUUAAACAUUGAACUCAAAUGUUUACCUUUUUGACCCAGCAUAAAAGAUUAAUUUUAUUUUUAUGGAAAAGGUUUUACUUUUCUUUAAUCUCAGAUUUUCAUUUUCCAGUCACACAGAAGGCAGUUACCCUAGAAUACCCUUAAAGGUGUUCAAGACUCGGGUUUUUAAUGACAAUAUGUUUUACUAUAUUUCUUUCAUUUCAUCAAGGUUUCUAAGACCUUAAAACAAUCACAGAGUUAUUUUGCAGUUUAGAUAGUAUGUUGAGCUGGUUACUUUCCAUAGUUAUGUCAUUCUGCUUCCUUGAUUUAUUUCCUCUCUCUUAAGUAUUUGAUCGAAUGGUACAGCAUGAAAUAGCACAGUAAUUGUUCAAAAUAAAAUUUCCAAAUUAUAGUUGAUGAAGUUUAUUCAAAAGAAAUGAAAAAAUUUCCAAAAGGAUAGGACAAAUCUGUGGUAAAUAUUGAAACUAAACAGCAAUAAACAAUAGUUUGUACUAUUUUACACCAGAAAGUCUACUUAUAUAAUCCAAACAGCAAACAAACUCUUGCUGGGUGCCAUUCUGACAGAUUUAUAAAAUAUUUAAAGAGUUUUAAUAUUGCAUUUCAAAUUGAACUUUUGGAAGUUUCUCUUGUGUGUAGCUUACUAGUUUUUAAACCAAUGAGAAUAUCGAUACAUUUUGGGUUGUUUUGGUUUUGGUUUUAAAUUGUAUCAGUCUCUUGUUCAGCUGCUGUUCACUGAUAUUACUAUGGUCCAAAAAUGAAGCUGUUGUUUUGGGUCUGUUUUUUGAAAAAAAAAAUAAUAUAUUGUUCUUAUUAUGCUAUGUGUGAUGUGAUUUUCACUGUGGAUUAUCCUGUUAGAAGUAAUAUGUCUGCAGAAUUUGAAUUAAAACAGAUUAAAUACCUGCAAAGGUACGCACUACAGAUUUUGUUUUCUUCCUGAAAUCUCAAAAAUAAGCAAUUGUUUUGAAAAGACAAGCUAAAAGUGCCAAGAGGGAAAAAUAAGGGCAUUACCAGAAAUAAUCAAAACAGUCUGGUAUUCCAGGUACUUAACUUCAACCUCUCCCCCUUUUUUUUUUUACCCUCAGUAAAGUAGGAAUGUAUUUUGAUUGUCUCUAUAACCAGUGAAACAAUACCAUCUUCUCAGCUUAUGGAUAUUUCUGUGUCAGGAUUCCAACUGAGAACCUCUGUGUAAUCAAAUCCAUUGCAUUAUCAUUUUGACAUUUUAAUAUCAAUGGGAUCAUAAGAAAUGACCCAAUGCUAAAAGGUUUUAUUUGUAAAGCUGUGUACAACUUAGAAUUAUCUGCUAUGACAUUUGAUAACUCAGGAAAUAAACCAACUUAUUAGUAGUACAGUUUUGUGUAUCCUCAUCAACUUCACAUGCAAGCAUUUAUAUAUCUUAAAACCUUCAGUAAGUGAAAUUAAAAAACAAAAAACAUCCCUUGCAGUGUGUCCUUGUUCGGGAGUACACAAAACCAAAAUAAGGUGUUUUCUAAUGGCAUAUGAAAUUGUAAACAAUGUAAGUCUUCAGUGAUAAGUUGAAAGGACACUUUAGUUUAGGAUUUUAGGUUUUUAGCUGAAUGACGCUAUUAUUGCUCAAAUAGCGAAGAGAAGCCUUGUGUCCAUGUUAUUCUCAGAAGAACCUAGACUCCUAUUUUACUGUGCAUGUGAAGAAAGCUUUCCAUUGGAGAAGGCAAUGCAAAAUGUGCUUUUCUCUGUCAGCUUCCUUUCUAACCAGCUGAGUAGAAAUGGUAUCUGAUUUGUAGGCAGACUUAUGAUGCCUCCACCACUAGCCCCUGUCAAAAAAAAAUAAAAACAAACAAACAAACAAACAAAACCACACCAUAUCCAGCAACACUUUUAAGUACACUUCAAGAGAAAAGGAGAAUCAAGCAUAGGUGGGCCAGGCACACAGUUUGUAGUAUGCAGACAUAUAUGAUUAUCAGCCAUCUUGGUAACAUCUUCAUUUACUGGGAUCCUGUCCUCAGUAAUUCAGCAGAUUUGUAAAAGGCCAAAAGAUGUGUAGAUCCUAAUUCUCAGGUCUGCCUUCUAGUUCUGUUUCUUUAAGGAUUAAAUUUUAUUUGUCUGUUUGUUCAAUUUCUGUGUGAUUUCUUCUGUAUUUUUCAGCAGAAUAUAUACAUAUGCACACAUACAACUACAUAUGUAUGUGUAUUGUUUUGUAAAUGUUCUCAGUCAUGCUUUUUUCUGCUUUGCAUCAUUUAUUCAUAUACCUUCCAUGUUCUCAUUUAUUUUUUGUGCAACUAAACCUUAUAAUAAAUUAUUAAAUAUAGCCUAAAAGUGA